AUGUCGCUUUCAUUGAAGACGAUAAUACAUCUGGUAAAGCCAUUUGCUUGCACGGCUAAGUUUAGUGCGAGGUAUCCAAUUCAUGUUAUUGUCAUCGCUGUUUUAUUAAGCGCCGCUGCCUACUUAUCUGUAACGCAGUCUUAUCUUAAUGAGUGGAAACUGGAUUCUAAUCAAUAUUCCACGUAUUUAACCAUCAAGCCAGACGAGCUGUUUGAUAGAUGUACACACUACUACAGAUCACCUGUAUCCGACACAUGGAAAUUGCUCAGCUCUAAAGAAGCCGCCGAUAUUUAUACCCCUUUUCAUUAUUAUUUAUCUACCAUAAGUUUCCAAAGCAAGGACAACUCUACGGCAUUACCUUCCCUUGAAGAUGUCAUCUAUAGUGCUGAUCAUACACGAUAUGUGUUGAGUGAAGAACCAAAGAUCCCAACUGAACUAACACCUGAAGGCGGAACGAAAUGGAGGUUGAGAAGUAACAGUAAUUUAAUUCUUGAUCUGCAUAAUACCUAUAGGAACCUCGUCAAGGAAUUUUCGAAUAAGACCAGCGAGUUUGACCAAUUUGAUUUGUUUAUUAUCCUUGCUGCAUAUCUUACCCUUUUCUAUACUCUCUGUUGCCUUUUCAAUGACAUGAGGAAAAUUGGAUCCAAAUUCUGGCUGAGCUUUUCUGCUUUAUCAAAUUCCGCAUGUGCAUUAUAUCUGUCAUUAUACACCACACAGACUCUAUUAAAGAAACCAGCGUCUUUAUUAAGUCUUAUCGUCGGCUUACCGUUUAUUGUGGUAAUUAUUGGCUUCAAGCAUAAAGUUAGGCUUGCAACAUUAUCUUUGCACAAGUUCCACAGAAUUAGUAUCGAUAAAAAAGUAACGGUGAGUAAUAUUAUUUAUGAAGCUAUGUUUCAAGAAGGUACCUUUUUGAUCCGUGAUUACUUAUUUUAUAUUAGCUCGUUUGUCGGUUGCGCUAUUUAUGCUAGACAUCUUACUGGAUUGGUUAAUUUUUGCAUAUUAGCCACUUUUAUGUUGAUUUUUGAUUUGAUUUUGUCAGCUACUUUCUACUCAGCUAUAUUAUCGAUGAAACUGGAAAUUAACAUUAUUCACAGGUCGACCCUCAUUAGACAAACAUUGGAAGAAGACGGCGUUUUUCCAACAACCGCCGACAUCAUAUACAAGGACGAAACUGCGGCAGAGCCAAAUUUUCUAAGAUCCAACGUAGCUAUACUCAUAGGAAAAGCAUCUGUUAUCGGCCUUCUACUUUUGAUUAACCUCUAUGUGUUUACAGACAAGCUUAACGACACCAUAUUGAACUCCGUGUAUUUUGACUCCACGAUCUAUUCAUUACCAAAUUUUAUCAAUUAUAAAGAUAUUGGGAAUCUAAGUAAUCAAGUAAUCAUUUCUGUUCUGCCAAAACAAUAUUACACUCCAUUGAAAAAGUACCACCAAAUAGAAGAUUCCAUCCUGCUGGUUAUUGAAUCUGUUAGUAAUGCUAUUCGGGACCAGUUUAUUAGCAAGUUACUGUUUUUUGCAUUUGCAGUUAGUAUUUCUAUUAACAUUUAUUUAUUGAAUGCCGCAAAAAUUCAUACCGGAUACAUGAAUUUUGAGCCGCAGUCCAAAAAAGAAGGUGAUAACCUCAGACCAAAAUCAGCAACGAUUGAAGUCUCGGAUACUUAUAGUACACCUGCUUCUUCUGACCCAGAAGCCCCAGUAACCGAUAAAAAUAUCUCAAUUACACAAGAAAUUCAAAACAACGAAUGCAUCUAUGCUUUAAGUUCCCAAGACGAGCCUAUCCGUCCUUUAUCGAAUUUAGUAGAACUUAUGGAAGAUGAACAAUUGAAAACUUUGAAUAAUACAGAGUUGUCGGAUCUUGUAGUGAAUGGUAGACUUCCAUUGUACGCUCUAGAAAAAAAACUAGAUGACACUACUCGUGCAGUUCUGGUUAGAAGAAAGGCACUUUCUAUUUUGGCUGAAUCGCCAGUUCUAGUUUCAGAAAAACUGCCUUUCCGAAAUUUCGAUUACGAUCGCGUAUUUGGUGCUUGUUGUGAAAAUGUUAUUGGCUAUAUGCCACUUCCAGUCGGUGUAAUUGGUCCGUUAAUUAUCGAUGGUGCAUCCUACCAUAUUCCAAUGGCUACCACCGAAGGUUGCUUGGUGGCAUCAGCCAUGCGUGGUUGUAAAGCUAUCAAUGCCGGUGGUGGUGCAACAACUGUCCUAACCAAGGACGGUAUGACCAGAGGCCCUGUAGUUCGUUUUCCUACGUUGAUAAGGUCUGGUGCCUGCAAGAUAUGGUUGGAUUCAGAAGAGGGACAAAACAUCAUAAAGAAGGCAUUCAAUUCUACGUCAAGAUUUGCACGUUUGCAACACAUUCAAACCUGUUUAGCAGGUGAUUUGCUCUUCAUGAGAUUUAGAACUACUACAGGUGACGCAAUGGGUAUGAAUAUGAUAUCAAAAGGUGUCGAAUACUCACUGAAGCAAAUGGUGGAAGAGUACGGCUGGGAUGAUAUGGAAGUCGUUUCUGUAUCCGGUAAUUAUUGUACGGAUAAGAAACCAGCCGCAAUCAACUGGAUUGAAGGCCGUGGUAAAAGUGUUGUUGCUGAAGCCACCAUUCCUGGUGAUGUUGUCAGAAGCGUUUUGAAGAGCGAUGUUGCCGCAUUAGUUGAGUUGAACAUCGCUAAAAACUUGGUCGGAUCUGCAAUGGCUGGAUCUGUUGGUGGCUUCAAUGCGCAUGCUGCUAACUUAGUUACUGCACUUUUCUUAGCUUUAGGCCAAGAUCCAGCGCAGAAUGUAGAGAGCUCCAACUGUAUAACGUUGAUGAAGGAAGUAGACGGAAAUUUGAGAAUAUCUGUCUCUAUGCCCUCGAUUGAGGUUGGUACAAUUGGUGGGGGUACCGUUUUGGAACCACAGGGCGCUAUGCUUGAUCUCUUAGGGGUUCGUGGCCCUCAUCCCACUGAACCUGGAGCAAAUGCUAGGCAAUUAGCUAGAAUCAUCGCAUGUGCAGUGUUGGCUGGAGAACUAUCUCUGUGUUCUGCACUUGCUGCUGGUCAUUUGGUACAAAGCCAUAUGACACACAAUCGUAAAACAGACAAAACCAAUGAACAACAACAAACAAGUAACAAAAACCCUUCCUUGUAA